UUGGCUCACUCUCUUUUCAAUCUAUGGCUUCCUCAUUUCAUUUCCUUCUCUUCUGUUCUCUCCUUUCUCUCAUCUCCCCCACCAUAGCCACAACAUCCUUCCGUCCCAAAGCUCUUGUUCUUCCAGUCUCCAAGGAUGCCUCAACGCUACAAUAUCUUGCCCAACUAAACCAAAGGACCCCUUUUGUCCCCGUCAAGCUAACCGUUGAUCUCGGUGGCCAAUUCCUUUGGGUAGACUGUGAAAAAGGCUACGUCUCAUCCACCUACAAACCCGCCCGUUGCCGCUCGGCCCAAUGCUCACUUGCCAAGUCUACUCUUUGUGGAGAAUGCUACUCUAGCCCUAAGCCAGGGUGCAACAAUGGCACAUGUAGUCUCCUCCCAGAUAACACCGUGACACGCACCGGCACAAGCGGUGAACUCGCCCAAGAUGUUCUUUCCAUCAAAUCCACUAAUGGGUUUAACCCCGGCAGGGUGGUUUCUGUGCCCAAAUUCCUCUUCACUUGCGCCGCAACAUUUCUCCUAGAGGGCCUUGCAAGCGGUGUUAAGGGCAUGGCUGGAUUUGGAAGGACUAGAAUUUCGCUUCCUUCCCAAUUCUCUGCCGCUUUUAGCUUCCAUAGAAAGUUUGCCAUUUGCUUGAGCUCUUCAACAAGUGCUAAUGGUGUCAUUUUCUUCGGUGAUGGGCCAUAUGUUAUGCUUCCAAAUAUUGAUGUCUCCAAGUCUCUUAUCUACACCCCGCUAAUCCUCAACCCCGUAAGUACAGCCGCAGCUUACUCACAAGGCGACCCUUCGUCGGAAUACUUCAUCGGCGUAAAAUCGAUCAAAAUCAACGAAAAAGCUGUCCCAUUAAAUGCAUCGUUGUUGUCCAUUGACAAAGACGGCUUUGGUGGAACAAAAAUCAGCACCGUUAAUCGUUAUACCGUCAUGGAGACGACGAUCUACAAUGCUGUCAUUGAGGCUUUCGUCAAACACCUGGCAGAUGUCCCUAGAGUGGCGUCGGUGGCACCCUUUGGGGCGUGCUUUAGCUCAAAAAACAUCGGUAGCACACGUGUUGGCCCGGCAGUGCCCCAGAUUGAUCUUGUUCUGCAAAGCCAAAGCGUGUACUGGAGGAUCUUUGGCGCAAACUCGAUGGUCCAGGUCAGCAAUGAUGUGCUGUGUUUGGGGUUCGUGGAUGGAGGCUCAAACCCAAGGACUUCGAUUGUGAUUGGAGGGUAUCAACUGGAGGAUAAUCUUCUGCAGUUUGAUUUAGCUACAUCCAGGCUUGGCUUCAGCUCCUCAUUAUUUUUCCGACAAACAACUUGCGCCAACUUCAACUUUACCUCUAAUGCUUGA